CAGUCCAAAACGGAGAAACAACAAUGCCGAAUGCGUGGAAGUUUAUGCUCAUUUUGACAGUGGCUCAAACAGUCUUUGCACUUUCAUAUGAAGAUCUGAUGCCAAAGGCCGAAUUUGUUGAGACCCCGUUCGUUUAUGGCUGCGAGAGCAGCGCAAGUAUGUGUCUGUUUCCGCCAGAAUGGAAUACUUCCCAUGCCCUUUACGGAGUCUCAGUGGAUGAUUUAUACCAUUGGGUACUUAUUGUCAUUGGAAACAAUCAGCAAUUUCACAAUCAAGAGUCUUGUCUGGAAGGAUUGACGUAUACGAUAGUACGUAAUGGCUCCCUGUUCUACUGCAUCAGCAACCGUACCUGCAGUUACGGUGAAGUAAACGAAACCAUGAAUGUCGUUGCAGUUAUCCAGGGGAAGCGAUUAGGUUUGAAAGAAAUAAAGAUGGCAACAUAUGAUGUUUUACAAAAACCAUUAACCCAUGCGAUGCAAGUAUGUCAAAAUGCAUCUGAAGCUGCAAAAAGUUGUGAGAAUGCUGUGACUGCAGCAGAGGCAUGCAAGGACAAUGCAUCUGAAGCAACAAAUGCCUGUAACAGAGCAUAUAAAGUAGCUGAGGUGUGUGAGGGUGAAGUUGCCCAGGCAGUAGACAAAUGUGAGACCUGUGUAUCGACAAACACUGGUCUUGCUUCAGCGAUCCUCUUCCUGUGCGGUUUAAUAACAAUUCUCCAAAUGGUCACAACCGUAAUAGUUGUACUUUGUGUGAAAUCUUCGCGGAGUGAGACAGCCACACAUGUCAGCCACACAUGUCAAUGUCGUAUUCAACCAUCAAAAGAAAACAAAACUGAAACUGGACAGGAGCUGCAACAAGGACUAUAAUCUACAUGACUUAGCAACCCAAAUAUUGUUGAACCAAUGUUUCCUAUAUAGCUCUUCCCCAUGAAAGAUGAUAUAAUGUUUGUAUGUCUACUGGACUAUUGAUUUAGCCU